AUGAGCACGCUCUACGCUGAGGCCGCGGGUGUCCUCGAAGGUCUCUUCCGCCACAGCGGUGGCCUCAAGAGCCUCACGUACGCCGAUAAGAUCAAGUCCAAGCGCAACUGCUUUGCGCUCGUGUGCCAAACGCUGCGCUACAAGCCGCUGCUCGACCAGCUCAUUGCGGCCGUGCCCGAGCUCACCAAGAUCAUCAAAAAGUCGCCCAAGGCCUCGGGCAAGGCGCCGCCCAAGAAGGCCGGCCCGACCACGUCGCAGCAAGCGCUCUACUACAUUGCGAUCUACGAUCUCAUGUUUGGGAAGGACAAGAAGAUCCAGGGUGGCGGCUUUGUCAAGAAGCAGGUGCUUACGCAGCACAAUGCACUCAAGCAAGCGCUCGUGCGUCUUAAGAUCAAGGCCAAAGUCAAGACGGACGAAGAACUUUUGCCCGAAGAGAACCGCAUGUCCGAGUCCCAGCGACUGCCGCGCUACGCCCGCAUCAACACGCUCCGCGUGACCGAGCCGAUCGACUCUGUCCCUGCGAUCCGCGCCGCCUUGAAGUUGCCCGAGGACCUCUCGUUUGAAGUUGACGCGCACGUUGGCGACCUCAUUGUGUUCCCGCCGGGCACGGAGCUGCAUACGCACGAGAGCGUCGUCUCGGGCCGCCUCAUUCUCCAGGACAAGGCCAGUUGCUUCUCGGCCUAUGUGCUCCAGGGCGAGCGCGGCCAUAACGACCUCGGGGACGUCAUUGACGCCUGCGCUGCGCCUGGCAACAAGACGAGCCACGCAGCGAUGCUUGUGGCGCGCAAGAGUUCGCCGCGCCCGCUCCGCGUCUUUGCCUUUGACCGGUCGGCGACGCGCCUCGACUUGCUCAAGCGGCGCAUGAAGGGCGCGGGUGCCGACAAGAUUGUCGAGCCGUGUUUGCAGUCGUUUCUGGACGUCAACGUGCACGAUGCCAAGUACGCCAACGUGACAAGCAUCCUCCUCGAUCCGUCGUGCUCGGGCUCGGGCAUGUCGAACCGGCUCGACCAUCUUUUGGAACUCGCAACCAUGAAGCAGGGCUUUGAAGCCGACGACGAGUACGAAGCGAGCAAUGGCGAGGCAGGUGAAAGUGCCAACGAGGUUCAAGCGCGGCUCCAGGCGCUCGCCGACUUUCAGCUCGAGGCGCUUCAAAAAGCUUUUUCAUUUCCGAGCGUCCAGCGCAUUGCGUACUCGACGUGCUCGAUCUUUGAAAAGGAGAACGAAGACGUUGUCGUGGCCGCGCUCCAGGCGUCGCAGGCCGCGGGCACGCCGUUCCACCUCGUAAAGGCGCUCCCAACGUGGCCGCGUCGCGGCGUCGUCGUCGACGGCUUGAGCGACGACCAAGCCGACUGCCUCGUGCGCGCCAACGGCUUGGAAGAUGGCACAAACGGCUUCUUUGUCGCGUACUUUGAGCGCUCCGACGGAAGCAGCAGCAAGCGCAAGCGGGAAAAAACCGACGCGCAGCGCGAGCGCAAGAAGCGCAAGCGAAAGGCGAUCCAAGACCGAAAAGCGGCCGGUGCCACUGACGACGCCGAGGACGACGCGGCUUAA